CUCCCGCCAAAGGCUAUAAAAGUCAUUCCGUUCCAGGCACCCCGACCAUUCACCUCAACAACUCCUCCUCCAAUUCUUUUUCCCACUGAAUUCCCCGCGCGACCUGCAAGCAUGUACCCCGCCAACAUUCUCAAAUUCCUCAUUCCGUUCUUCGCCUUCUUUGCCACGGCACAAGCUUACGGACCUCGUUACGCAGAGUAUCAACAAAGACGACCCUCCGCGGAGUUCGGGUACGGCCGGUUCAAGCAUGCGGAAAACUACGGCCAGCCAAUGCAAGUGAAGAAGUACAGGAAUUAUGAUCAAACGAGAUACGCUGAUUAUUCGCCGAGCCGUAGCAGGGGGGGAAUGAAUCGUGGACGGAUGUAUGAGGGCGAGGAUGGUAGUGGAAUGUUCUACCCUUACACUACCACGCCUCCGGCCAUCCAGGUAGUAACCCCGCCAGUAGUCGGCGCACCACUCACCACUGGGAUGGGCACUGCCAUUUUGCCUAUGGGUGCAGGCACUUUGAACCCGGCAGUGACGACGAUCAAUAAGCCAGUUAUUCCAAUGGUGAACCCCGCCACCGGCAUGACGACGAUGACCGCACCUGUUAUUUGGUUGGUGAACCCGGCCACUGGCGGGACGACUAUGCCGGUCACUCCUGUGAUGAACCCUGCUACCGGCAUGACAACGGUGGCCACCACGCCUAUUACUCCAGUGCUGACCAACCCACUCACCGCCAUGACCACGACGACCAUGACCAACAAGCCAGCGACCCAGAUGCUGAUGAACCUCGCAACCACAGGGAUGAUGACCAUGAUGAAAAGACAGACCUACUUGAAAUGCUACCGGGACAACGUGUUGCUGAUUGGUCCAGUCGUCGCGAGGAAGUACUGUGUUGCUAGAAAGAUGACUGCUGCAGAUGUGGCGCAGGGCAUGGCGGACAUGGGCAUGGCCAUGUGAGAUGGGUGUUAUGGACGUACCGUCCACACCAUAAAGUCCACAGUCAAGCCACGAGUCACGGCACCGGAACCCUGGCUUGUGAU